AGUUAAAUUUUAGUGCUGUUUGGAAACGUAACUAAUUUUUUCCUAACAUAAUCGUAAUAUUUCUAGUUUCUCAAUUUUUGUCUACAUCGAAAAAAAAACAAAAACAAAUAAAUUAAAUAAUGGGAAAUUUCAAAUUCGACAAGGACCUGUUAAAAAAACUUUUGGCCGAAUUUACAGGAACGGCAAUGAUACUAACACUUGGCUGCUGCCUGAGCACAUAUUCAUCAUCUGGCCCCAAUUAUGCCAUCGGUUGGGGUCUCAUUUAUCUGGCGGCCAUUCAUACAUUUGCCUUUCUGAGUGGCGCUCAUCUGAAUCCGGCUGUUAGUGCAACUGCCACCAUUGUCGGCGUAAUGGAGUGGCAACUGAUGUUGUGCUAUUGGCUGGUGCAGUUACUGGGCGCACUUGUUGGCUUUGGAAUGGCCUAUGUUGCCAUGCCGAACAAGUCGGGAAAAAUUUGCUUAACUACGCUCGGCAAUUACGAUGAAGUCAAAUUGAUGGGCAUCGAGCUAUUCAUGAUGAUGAUGUUCCUCUUCGCUUACUGCGGCAUCUGGGAUAAGCGCAGCGAGAGUGCCUACGAUUCAGUUUCCGCACGCGUUGGAUUCAUAUUUGCUGCAUUGUGCUGUGCAUCGGCCUACUACACCGGUGGUACCCUCAACUUCUAUCGUAGCCUGGCACCAGCCAUUGUCCACGUCACAUUUGGCGGCUUGUGGUGCAUAUUUGUUGCCCAUUUGUUGGCCACUAUUGUUGUUGCUCUAUUGUGGCGUUUCCUUAUUGCUGCCGAGGAACCCCAACCCAUGGAGUAGAGUAAAUUUGUCGAUAUCAUAAAAUCAUAUAAAUGUAUGUAUAUAACUGUUGUGAAUACAUUUCAAAAUUAAUACUCAAUGCGCUUAAAUCUACAAACGUGAUACAACCGUAGAUAUGACUGUGGGUAUAUUUUUUCCUUUUUGAUAUUGUAUGUAGCGAAUAACAUUUAAGAAAAUGAAAUAAAUGAUCAAUCUUACUCUAGAUCAAUAAUCUUGAAA